AAACAGAGACUAUUGGGACACCCGUUCAAAGAGCGGACGCAACAGCUAUACAAUGACAUACACUUUGAAGAUGAGUCCUACAGUUACCAGCAAUUCAUCACUGAACUGAUCCGCGAUUGCAUUGACAACGUCAACACCAAUGGCCUAAAACUGAUGCCGGGUGUGGAGCGAGUGGUCGGGCAUUUGGCCACCAAUGGUAUACCGAUGGCCAUCGCGUCGAGUAAUGACCGGCACUCGUACGAUGGAAAUCGUGAGCGCUUUGACCACUUCUUUGACCACUUCUCGCACGCCGUACUGUCCGGCGAGAAGAGCGAACAGAUCGCCAACAAACCCGACCCACAUAUAUAUCGGGUGGCGUACGACCGGUUCGCCGACCCUAAGCCCCGCUCCCCGACCAACGUCUUGGUCUUCGAGGACAAUGAGGUGGGAGUGAGGGCUGCGGUGGGCGCCGGUAUGCCAUGCGUUUUGGUGGUCGACCCCAGACUUAACCUCCAAGAGGUGUCCCAAUCGGCGACACUUGUCAUCAAAUCUAUGAACAAUUUCAGACCCGAAUUGUUUGGUUUACCCCCACUUAUAGUCUAA